UGCUUGCUGCCCCAGUGGGUUCUGGCCGCAUCCUCUCGUGUGCAUCUCCCAAGCCUCCCGCUGCAACAUGAAGGCGCUGAGCCCGGUGCGCGGCUGCUACGAGGCGGUGUGCUGCCUGUCGGAACGCAGUCUGGCCAUAGCGCGGGGCCGCGGCAAGGGCCCGGCGGCCGAGGAGCCGCUGAGCCUGCUGGACGACAUGAACCACUGCUACUCGCGCCUGCGGGAACUGGUACCCGGCGUCCCGCGAGGCACUCAGCUUAGCCAGGUGGAAAUCCUGCAGCGCGUCAUCGACUACAUCCUCGACCUGCAGGUGGUCCUGGCCGAGCCGGCGCCCGGACCCCCGGACGGCCCGCACCUCCCCAUCCAGACAGCAGAGCUCGCCCCGGAACUCGUGAUCUCCAACGACAAGAGGAGCUUCUGCCACUGACCUGAUGACCUGGCACCUCCAGAACGCAGGUGCUGGCGCCCGUUCCGCCUGGGACCCCCCGCGACCUUCUCCGGCCGGAAGCCCAAGGGCAUGGAUGGGCCCCAACCUCGCCCUGCCCACUUCACUCCCCCGAACCCCCCUGUCUCGAGCCUGGACCUGGCGCCCGGGAGCGAAGGACUGUGAACUUGGGUGGCCGGAAGAGCCAGAGCUAGCGCAGGUCACCAGCUGGGCGUCGUCACCCUGCCCCCACUACACCCUCGAAGUUUUCAGACUCUUCCCGUGGGGGGGGGUGAGAGUGGGUACGCCCCAAAGUCCGCCGAGGCGGCGGCAGGGCUGGUCUCCUGGUCUCCCUGGAGCAGCUCUGUUCCCCUGAUUGUGAACUCUAUAAUAGAGUAUAUAGCUUUUGUACUUUUUUUACAGGAAGGUGACUUUCUGUAACCGUGCGAUGUAUAUUAAACUUUUUAUAAAAGUUAACAUUUUACAUAAUAAACGAUUUGUAAACA